CCGUAGUUAACGCGUCACGUACGUUUACCGGAAGUUUAUAAACACAUCUUCGAGAACACGCAUGAAGAAAACAUGGAGCUGUUUGUAAUUUCGCCAGAUUUGAAGUUUAAUAAUCUUACUGUCGCUCCGGACUCGACUGUCAGCGACCUUAUCGAUCAUUUUACCGUUAAAAAUGGUGUAUCUUUGACGGAUUUCUACGUGAGCAGUAAUGGCCGUUUGUCUCGCAGUAAUGACCUGCUUCAGUCUGGAGUUGUGUAUCGUCUGGAGCCCCGGCUGUGUGGAGGAAAAGGAGGAUUCGGCUCCAUGUUGAGAGCUCUCGGUGCGCAAAUUGAAAAGACCACAAAUCGUGAGGCCUGCCGAGAUCUGAGUGGAAGAAGACUUCGAGACGUCAAUCAUGAGAAAGAAAUGGCGGAAUGGUUGAAAAAGCAGGCGGAUCGAGAGGCGGAGAAGGAGCAGCGUCGCCUGGAGCGGAUUCAGAGGAAACUGGCUGAGCCCAAACAUUAUUUCACAGACACCAAUUAUGAGCAGCAGUGCCAUGACCUCUCAGAGAGACUGGAGGACUCUGUGCUCAAAGGCAUGCAGGCUUCCUCUAGCGGUCUCGUUCAGGCGGACGAGGGUCCGAGCCUCAAGCGCGCAAAUCCAACAGACAGUAAAAAGAAAGCCAAGAAGAAAUGUUACUGGACCGGCAUGGCAGGGCUAGAGGAAAUGGCCAGCUCUAGUGAAGGAAGUGAUGACAGCGACAGUGAAGUCUCUCCGUCUACCUCUGGAGCUUCCUGUAGUUCUGGUUUUCCUAAACCAGUCGUUUCAGCUCAUAAAGCAGACCCCCAGGAGCAGCCCUCUUCCUCAAGUCCCGCACAGAGAAAACACAACCAGGAGGAGCUGCAGAAACGGGACAAGGAGGAGUGUACAAGUGAAAUCAGCAGCUCUUCCUCCAGUCCUGCUGCAAACAAUGAAAAACUCAACCAGGAGGAGACCAAUGAAAUCAGCAGCUCCUCCUCCAGUCCUGCUCCAAAGCCUACAGAAGUCAACCAGCAGGAGAUGGAGACUGAGAUGGAGUGUACAGCUCAAAUCAGCAGCUCGUCUUCAAGUCCUGCUGAACACAGCGAGGAGGAGGUGCAGCAGACGGCUGAGAGGGUGGAGAAGAUGGCUGAGGAGGUGCAGAAGACGGCUGAAGAGGUGCAGAAGAAAACUGAGGAGUCUACAGCUGAAAUCAGCCCAAGCAGCAGCAUCCCUGAGGAGAAAUCACAGGUUGAGGAUCCGCUGGAUCUGCUCUCUGUGAGUGGGCCGGAGCAGCUGGAGGCUUUGGGUCUGGAGAGGCUGAAGAAGGAGCUGAUGGAGAGAGGGAUGAAGUGUGGAGGAACACUGCAGGAACGAGCUGCGCGUCUGUUUUCUGUUAAAGGACUGACCCCUGAUCAGAUUGAUCCUUCACUCUUGGCCAAACCCAGCAAGGGCAAGAAGAAAUAGCAGUCCAAAUCCACUGCUGUGACGAAAAAUUGUUUGAGAAAUUUAUUAGUCAUCAAUUCUGAGAUUUAAAAAAUGUAUCGCCGUUUAAUUUGAGGUUAGUUUUUAACACAGAUGGCGCUGUGUGCUUUACAAACACUACUCAAAGCUAAGUUUGGGAAGUUUUUUCCUAGUUUGGGAAGGUUUAUGUGGAUUUCAAGAGUGUCAAUAGUGGGCUGUAUUUACGUUAAUCUUGUGACAAGAGCCGACUUGCAUUACAUGCUAAACACUCAAGGGCUCAAAAGUUUUUGAGUGUAUAGAUAAACUAGCCCAGAGCACUGUCUGCUGUUUUUAAAACUAGCCUAGAGUUCUGUCUGCUAAUAAAAACUAGCCUAGAGCACCGUCUGCUAAUAAAACUAGCCUAGAAUGCCGUCUGUUAAUAAAAACUAGCCUAUAGAACAACUUGUUAAAAAAAAAAAAAAAAAAACAAGCCUAGAGUGCCGUCUGCUGAUUAAAAACUAGCCUAAAGUGUUGUUUGCUGAUUUAAAAACCAGGAUAGAGUGCCAUCUGCUGAUUAAAAACUAGUGUAGAGCGCAGUCUGCUGUUAAAACUCAAGGUUAGAAUCAGUUCAAGAGCAAAUAGGAAUGCAUUUUGAAAAUCACAGAAUUGUCAAACCAUUAUUUUCUGCCUAAGCUCAAAUUGUCUUUGCUGAUUUGCAUAUCUUGUUUGGCAUGUCCGUAGUUUUUUUUUAAGAUGUCUUUUGUAAAACUCAAGCACCUCAUUUUGGAAAAUCUUUCAUUUUGAAAAAAGAUGCCCCUCAAGAUUUAGUCGUAUACAGAUGAAUCAGGUGUCAGUUUUACUUUGAUCCACCACAUAGGGCAUUUUAUCACCACCCUUUUGUCUUUAUAGUAAAAUGUGUACAUUUAUAAAUGCAAAGCUCGGGCUAACUUUAUUUAGUGAUGUGUUUGUAGUCAUUGUAAAUAGCUAUUUUAAUUCAUGCAGAUGUCAUUUGGUGCGGUCUACAAAGUCAUUUAACUUGUUUCUAAUCAAGCCAACAAGUUGUUCACAUUGCACAGUAUUUGAUUGUAUUAUAUGAUCCUACUUUGUAAUGGAGUAAAAUAGUAAUACAGUU